ACAGCUCUGCAUGUGGCCAGCGCUGAGGGUCAUGACAAGGUGGUGGAGUACCUGCUGAGCAAGAAGGCGGAUCCCAACGCCGCUGACCGCUGGGGAGGAACGCCGCUGCAGGACGCGCUCUUGAACGGGCACGCGCUGGUCAGGAAGCUGCUCGCCAACGCCGAGGCCUCGGUCAACGACGAGGACGGACUCAAACGCACAGCCCUGCACUUGGCGGCAAGCGAAGGGCACGGGGAGCUGGUGAAGGUUCUGCUCAAGAUGAAAGCGGACGCGAACCUCAAGGACUCGUUUGACAACACGCCGCUCAACGACGCUGUUCGCAUGAAACACGACAAGGUCGCCAAGCUCAUCCGCGAU